UAUGGAACGUAGCAAAAUUAGAUGGGAUGAUGGGGUCGGUGACUUCAAAACCGAGGACAAUGAAAUAGCUGAGAGCGUUGGAUCUAUUAGAAGAGCGGAUAUGAAUAUCUAUCCGUUUUACGGAGGAGGACAACCCUUAAUGGCUCAACAAGUAUCGUCUUUUCAAUCAGGAUAUCAAACAGGUCUAAGCCAGAAACCGGAACAAUAUAUAUAUAUUGAUGGGCAACGAGUCCGCAAAGUAAGGCUCGGUUGGCGGACGAAAUUAUCAACUAGACUGCCGUUUAUUAAAAGAUCUCGACUUCGCUUUGUUGAAGGAACAUGUUCAAUGUGUGUGCAGAGACUAGUUGAACCGAGAUUUAUGAGAACUUGUCCUCACGGUUUUUGCGAAUCAUGUCUUAGAGCUUAUGUAGAUAAAAAGAGACUAAUUAUAGGGGAAAGACUCCCGUGUCCAGUUUGUAAUAUACCUUGUCCUAACCCUCUUCCUAUUACGAAUUUACCGCGUUUUCAACAAAUCAUCUGCAGUCUAAAUCCAUACCACGGCCCAGCGUCCGUAACAUGUGAAGAAUGUCAGAAAAGCGUCUGCGACGAAUGCGCUCCUAUUUUUCGCGAAAUGCACUCAUCAAAAGUAUUUGAAAGUCAUCAAUUAGAGGCUACGAGACAAGCUGAAUGUCACGUGGUACAUCCUUAUUCAAAGCGUUUAAUGUAUUGUAAGCGUCACCAAGAUAUAUUGUGCAGAAAAUGGUGCAACAAUUGUAGUGUAGCUAUUUGUAUUAAUUGCGUAAAUGAUAUUCACAAGGAGCAUGAAUAUGUAGAUUUAAAGGCAUUGGCUGAGAAGAGAAUUGCUGAGCUGGAAUAUCUAUUGUCUCUGGUAAUUCAAAAGAUAAAAGAAAAUAAGAAAGCUGACAAAGAUAUUGUAAAAUCGUCUUCCAAAAGUGGUGGCACUCUUAGUCCUAUAAAGAAAACUAGCAGAGAGAGUACAAGUUCCAGAAAAUUAAGGGAUCGUAUUAAAGAAUAUUGCGAAGGGGAGAAGAAGAUUUUGAAGAGAGCCUAUCAGGAUGCGGUCAGGGCAAUUAGGGAUCAGGAAAAAAAUAUGAAAAGGGAAUUAGAGGAGAGCGACAAGAAAUACAUAUCGGCAAGAACUGCCUAUAAAAAGGCUGUUAAACAAGCCAAGAAGGUGGCUAAACGCCUGUCAGAGCAUAUAAAUUAUCUUAUUAACAAAGCCGAUUACCAUGAAAUUACUCAUGAUGCUGUUUAUCAGGUACGUAAGGAAGUGGAGAUGAUAACGACUAUACCAGCACCCCCUAAAGAGAAAGAUAUUCGAAUUGUGUCAACAGGUGUCGCUUUGAAAGUAGAAUUUAUGGUAAAUAAAGUCCGUGCGUUUAUUAAAAAAAGUGACGGAGAUCAAGAGAGUUCCGACUCGGAAGGUGAUAUUUUAAAUCAUCCUAUUUCACGACCUUUAGGCCUAUUGAAGCGUAGUCCUAGGCCAAGCAGGGAAAGUCUAGAGAGAGAGCCUUCGGAUACACGUAAUAAAUUUAGAAAGACGAAAAAGAACACAUCUAAAUCGGAUUUUCAAGAAAGUUUAUCGAUUGAUAGUUGUAAAGUACAGCCAAAGCCGAAGGGAAAGAUUGAAGGCUCUUUGGAGGAAUUAGAUGAAUUAAAAAAGGAGCAGUUAUCCUUGGAGAGUAAGUCUUCGAAGAAAAGCAAGAAAUCCAAGGUUAGGAAGCAAGAGAGAGCGCGUUUUGCUGAGAAACACAACGAUCCUGAGCAGGUAGUGGAGAUAUACGUUACGGACGUUAGUAAUCGACUAAAGACAAGGGGAGAAAAAGAGGAAGUAGAUAAGACUGGCAUGCUUAAGACGGUUGCCAGUCAAACUAUGACUCAAAUCGCCGAAACAGUUGAGAGAAAAGCUAAAAAGAAGGAAAAAAAAGCCGAAAAAAAGAAUGAACGUAAGAAGAAGAAGAAAACAAAAAUCAAGAGGAUGGGAUCAGAUGAAAUAGAUAAACUUAUUGAGAAGAGUGAGUCGGAAGACGAUACGGAUGAAAAUCUGGAAGAUGAAGCGGAUGAGAACGAAAGAAGAGAUGAAGACAAGUUGAAUACUAAGAAAUUAUCUACCUUACGUGGAAAUGCUUCUGGGAAUAGUAAUGCUAUACAUAGUGGAAUUCAACUGUUUACAGCCAGAAUUACUGCUAGUCCUAUUCCAGAAAAUUUCGCCAAUGAGAGUUUGAUAAAUGAAUCAGCAUUAUUUUUAAAUCAAGCAAAGAUUAGAAAAUCGGAAAUUUCUAAAGAGGAUAGAUCAGACACGACGCUCUCUUCUUUCCAAUCAACGUCCCAUCUUUCUAAAGAGGGGAAUCAAAUUACUGAUUAUUCCGUUAUAUCUAAAUUGACUUUGGAUGAAAAUUACGUAAUUAGAGAUAUUUGCUUGACAAAAAAUUGCCUGAUUCUGGGCCUGGAAUGCAUAUGGGAAGUAGAUAGUGGACAAUUGAUAUCUUUACCUAAAAAUUCUCUCGGGGAAGGUUACGCUAUGGAAUCGAAGAAAAUCUUGUUUAAUGGAGCCAUUCGAUGUUGUUCCGCAACAUACGAUGGCCAAGAAAUUUAUUUUGCCGCCGAAACUUCUCAAAAGGCAUCAUGUCGUCUAUACUGCCUGAAAUCGAAUCAAGGCAUCCAAAUAGUGGAAAUUUUUGACGACGUUAAGGCCCUUCAUCUUAAUCCAUCAUCGUUCAACCACGGUACAGUUAUUGCCAAAUUAAAAGGAGAUAAAUUCUAUACAAUUAGCCAUUGGACACAGAAUUUUAAAAAGUUGGUUUGGAAAGAAAUGCUAUCAAAGUCAAUAGAUACUGAUAAUCGCCUAUUUAUAAGGCACGAUCAUAAAUUAAAUACAAUAGCCAUUACAGACUGUUCCAAUCUAUGGAUUGUUGAAAGAAAUGACACUUCUUGUGUUUAUAAUUUAACGAAAGGACCACCAUCGCCAUUAGGUAUUUGUCUAUAUAAAACAGGAUUUUUAAUAGCUUAUCACAACGGUUUGGCCUUCUUUGACGACGAUGGUAAAAGACGUCAAGACUUAAUUAACCAACUACCAUAUAGUUGCAUAGCCGCAUAUGAUGAACUUGUCGAUAAACUCUACAUAGGUACACUUAACGGUCAUCUAUACAUUCUAGAAGUUAUUUCAAAAAAUAAGGAAGAGGCGAAUGAAUAA